AUGUCAGAUGAAGAGUACAAAGGCUUACGCUGCUGGGCCGAUGAAUCAUAUGCUGUCGGCGAUUUGGAAGAGCUUUACAUUGAUGCGUUGUGGUGCUUCCACAGGGAAAAGCGUGCCCUUCUGAGUGAUGAUGAAUUUGACGAGCUCAAGAAAGUCUUGUACAAGAUGGGAUCCCGCUUUCCAACCUUGAAGAGGAACGAAGUUGCCUUCGUGGAGGCAUCCAUCGCAUGGUAUCGUGGUGAACCUUUGAUCUCCGAGGAAGACUUUCAGCAGCUAAAGACGGAGAUCACCGCAUCUGGGAGACGCAAGGAUGUCACAGCAUUUUUGCUCUAUGAGCGUGGGGAGCAGUUCCUCAAUGCCGAGCAGUAUGCUGCAAUGAAGGAAGAAUAUGACUUGCUGGGUAUCAGUGCUGUCAACCUGGAGGAGUGCACGCUGGCCCAGAUGGAAGAGAUGUAUGUGGAUGCACUGUGGGCAUACUACAAUGAUGGCACGCAACUGCUUAGCGACGAGCAGUUCAGCAAAUUGAAAGAGGAGCUGGCAUGGCAGGGCUCAGGAUUUCCAGCAUUGCAGCGGAAGGAGGUCGAGUUCGUCAAGGCAACCUUGGCCUAUCACAGAGACGAGCCCUUGUAUUCGGAUGAGCAGUGGGACGAACUCAAGGCGGCAGUUGAAUCAGACGGAAUGCGUGCAGAUGUGGCCGCAUUUCUCCUCUACAGUAAAGGCCAAGAGAUUUUGGACGCUGACUCCUACAGUAGGAUGCAGAAGGAGCUGGCCAAGAUCGGCGUGAGCGUGAAGAAAGCUGGAUCCAAUGCCUUGCAGCAGACCAUCAAUAUUACCAGUGGAAAACUUGAAAAUGAUGUACUCCAGACCUGGUUAUGGCUCCUUCAUUCAGAGAUCGGCUCGCGCGGCUGUAGUUUCGGCGGGACCAGCGCCGACAUGGAGAACUUGGCUCCGAGUCUUGCAUCGUUCGCACGUGUCGGCGAUGUGGCAUCACCGACAAAACAAGUGCGUCAUCCACUGAGACAUUCCGACUACGGCUCCCCAAAGCAAACGCAUGCACUCCCCAAGUCUCUCCUGUGCUUGGGUGUGGGGGCUGUUGGCCGCAAAAGCCUGAGCAGCAAAUCAAAGGUGACCAGUUCGUCACGGACGGCAUACACUGACGUGCCCCGAGCCAGCCUGGUGGUGCCCGAAGUGGCCAUUGGGCAAAGCACCAUGCCAGCCAUUGCCUUUGGUGUUGGCUCUCGUUGGUUGGAAGAUGAGGAUCGUGAGGAGCGCUUGAAGCGCUCCAUUCACUCAGCUUUGGACGCUGGAUUCCGUCAUCUUGAUGAUGCAGAAGCCUAUGGAAUGCAGGAGCUUCUGGGUGAGGCCAUCCAUGAAUGGAUGGAGAAAAGUGGAGCCAAGAGAGAGGAGCUCUUCAUGACCAGCAAGGUCUGGAGCCUUGAUGGAGACAUUGUGGCCAAGUGCCGGCAGCUUUUGAAGGAUAGCCGCCUGGACUACUUCGACCUUCUGUUGGUGCAUUGCGCCUGUACAGAGGCCGGCGACCCAUUUAAGAAGCCACUCCCCGCCAUUUGGGAGGAGAUGAUGUCUAUCAAGCAAUCUGGACUUGCAAAGGAGAUUGGGGUGUCCAAUUGGCGCAUCCAAGAUCUUGAAAGCAUCAAAGAUGCGGAGAUCCAGCCGGUCUGCAACCAGGUUGAGGCACAUGUUUUCUUGCAGCAGGUGGGCCUUCGCGAGUACUGCCGGAGGCGGAACAUUGUGAUGACAUGCUAUGGUGCACAAGCGCCAGUGGCUAGGCUUGAAUGCUUAGAUGAAGCCGCCCCUCUUUUGCAAGAGGCGUUGGCCAAAUCGUGUGAACGGCAUGGCAGGAAUGUGGGCCAGAUCCUUCUUCGUUGGGCCUACCAGAACGAUCUAAUCACCGUUACCACCAGCACCAAGAUUGAAAGGAUUCGGCAGUCCCUAGAAAUCUUUGACUUUGAGCUGAGUCAAGAGGAGAUGCUUGCCCUCAGCCAAGCUGGGGCCAAGGCGCCGAUGCGUCGCUUCUUUUGGCCGGACCUGCAACCUGGCUUCUGGGCCUCGGAUCCAGCCAGCGAGAUUGAGAGCCGGCCAUGGGCGGAGAUCGAGCCGUUGCUGAACCGUGCAACAUGCUAAGCCAAGUGAGAUAAAGAUGGGACAGCAUUUGGUGUCGUUCCUUCGUGAACAAGUGGAGAUUUGGGCAAAUCAUGGUCCACCCAAGUCCGUAAAUCGCACGACUUUACAUCGACUUACAUGGACCUUGAUCUAGACUCUGUCAUCCACGC